UUUGCAUAAAAUAUCAGCGCACAUUCAUUUACUUCACAGCAUAUCUAUGGUAGUUUACACUACCAUUUUCUCACAAUUCUGUUAAACUUCACCUUAUAAUCGUGAGGGAUCAAAGUCAUUAAUUUUCUUAACUCCUUGUUGUCCUAAAUCCCAUAAUAAAUACGCCUACACCAUAACUUUUGUGAGAACAUUGUACUUUCGAACUUUGCCCACCUACGUUUUCCGUUGAAUUUAGUUCCAACCAAUACAGUAAAAAAUAAAAAUGGCACCAUCUCUUCCUUCAACGGACGACGACAAGAAUAGACGUAAAUUUGACAUAAACCAAGUCUCAGCAAAACGGGAAGUCCUGAUAGAAGGCAAUUACUAUGACGUGACACGAUGGAGUCAAUUCCACCCGGGAGGCAGAGUAAUUAAUUACUACACCGAAUCCGGAGAAGAUGCCACCAUCCCGUUUCUCCAGUUCCAUAACAGAUAAGCUCUACAUUUUUAAGAACAACUCGUGCUAUUUUUUUGUACUUAUUUUUUUUUAUAACAAAUCUAUGAAAAGAGUUCUUCGCUUUCGGAACGCUUUACCCUUUCGACGUGACAGCGAAGAAGAUUGUGAACGUGAGCCAAGUAAAACCGAGAAGCGGAACAACAAAGCUUUAAAUGAGAGAUUUAAACUACUCCAUGCCGAGUUUGACCAGGCCGGCCUUUUCAAUCCAUCAUUGUCUCACGUACUUAGCAGAAUUGCGGAGUUCUCGCUGUACUUAUUUCUUGCCUGGGUUAUCCUCGCAAAUUGCGAAUUUUCUGCAUGUCGCAGAAUUCUCGGCAUUUUCAUGUUAACCAUGGCGUACGGCCGGAUCGUUUGGCUCGCUCAUGAAGGCGGCCACUAUUCCCUGACGGGCAGACCGCGGGUGGAUUCCUACUUGCAAAAGUUUCUGUAUGGAUUUGGAAAUGGGUUGUCGGCAUCUUGGUGGAAUCACAACCAUCACAGACAUCACGCCAUGCCACAACGAAUCCAUAGAGACGUGGAUUUAGACACGCUUCCCCUUCUCGCCUUCAGCAAGAAAUGCUUCUCCAAUCAAAAUUUGCAAAGUGCUAAAAACUUUUUUAUAAAGUAUCAGGCCAUCUUAUUCCUCCCUGUGCACACAUUCAUCGUCACGAUCCGCUGGAGUUUGUACCUGCAUCCGCAAUACUGUUACAGAAAGGGACAAUUUUUCGAAAUUUUUUGCAUCUCGCUUCACUUUCUUUUUGCCCUGACAAACUUCGGAAUUCUCAAUUUCCUCAUGGCCAAAUGGCUUUGGAGCAUGUAUAUGUUCGGAAAUUUCUCAAUUUCCCACACCCACCUGGAAGUCACUGCGGAACCGCAGCACUGGGUGGAGUACGCGUUCCAUAACACGAUUAAUGUCAAAUCGACGCCUUUCAUGGAUUGGUGGAUGGGAUGGUUAAAUUUCCAAAUUGAACAUCACCUCUUCCCAACAAUGCCGCAGUUCAGGAGUCCCCUUAUUAAGAAGAGGGUCAAAAAGUUUGCGGAGGAGAAUGGACUUCCGUACAAAGAAUUUGGUUAUUUUGAAGCGUUUAAAGCGACCCUGAAAAAUUUGCGGGAUGUUGCUAAAGAGCAUUAAGGUAGAAUUGGAUGACUUAUCGUCAAAAUCUACAUAUUUGUAAUAGUUUCUCGGCCCUGGGAAUUUACAGCAUUAAGGUAGGACUGGAUGACUCAUUACUUGAUGAAAAUGGUAGAAAUAAACAUAUUUUCGACCAUUUCUCGGUUCCGGGAAUAUAUUUUAAAAUUCUGGACGACAAAUUUAUAGUCACUGAGUUGACUAAUGGAAUUAUAGUGAGUGGUUUAAGCCAAUUUUGAUUAGUUCAAUUUUUUAAGGCUUGUUAAACUUGAAAUCUCCUCCUUUAAAAAGUCUCAAAAUCUGGAGUGUGUAUUAAAAAAAAUAGGUGCCGACCUGCUCUACAAAUUCGUCAUUCAGAAUUUUAAAAUAAAUUCCCAGAGCCAAGAAAAUACCAAAAAUGUGCUGAUUUUGGUGAUGAGUCAUCGAGUCCUAUGUGUUAAAUGACGGAUGUUGCCACAAUGGAGCCAAGAGUAAAGUAAUUACGUAGUAAUUCUGUUAAGUGACAGUUUAUGCCGACUCAUUAUAAUAUAACUCAUGCUCUAUUCACUAGAAUUUAUGUCCAUCAAAUAAAAUUAUUACCCACUUCUGCCCUUGUUUACUACUAACUUUAUCACUUCAUUUACUCACUUUGUGUCAAAAUGAUUUUGGCAUGAAACAGAUUAUGUAAAUAAUUCUGUCAUCAUUCGAGGCUAUACAUUUUAUUUGUGUUAAUUGUUAUGUAAAACUUAAAAUUUUGAAUGUUCAUAAAAUUAAA